AUGGCAGACACCGACCAGGCCAUCGCCGAGGUCUACCGCAAGAUCGAAAGGGAAAAGGCGCUUAUCAACGCCGCCACGCACAUGCGACAGUCCACAAACAAUGCUGCAGUUCAGGCACGUGUUGACAGCAACAUUCGCGAUGGAAGAAGAAACAUCAACUAUUUAGAAGACAAGCUACAAGAGUUACAGCUUCGCAAGCGGGGACCAAAUGAUGAUGCUGCACCCACCCCGCCUGUCCACGGCGGGCCUGGUUAUCGAACACCUGACGGACGUGGACAACGGCUUUACCAUGGGGAAGGGGGCCCAACCCCUCCGCCGAAAGACCCUCGAGGAUAUUUCCCUGGUGAGCGAGGGGAUUAUGGAGAUCCCGGUCCAGGUGGUUAUAGCCAGGGCGGCACUGGGAUGAUGCCACCCCGGGCUCCGUAUGGAGAUCCUCGACCGUACUCUGCUCCCGUUCCCAAAGCUCGUCCCAAUUUCUCAAAAUUAGAUCUCAUUAAAUAUGAUACCCCAUAUCUCGGCCCCAAAAUCCAACUCAUGCUCUCCCAGCUCGAGUUCAAGUUGUCUGUAGAAAAGCAGUACAAAGCAGGCAUUGAAAAAAUGGUGCGACUGUAUCAAGAUGAGGGUGACAGAAAAAGCCGGCUGGACGCAGAAGGUCGUCGCAUCGAGAGUAAUCAGAAGAUUCAGUUGCUGAAACAGGCAUUGAAACGAUACAUGGAUUUACAUGUUGACAUUGAAACAUCGGAUGGUGCUGACGACGACAGUCUCAACGCCCCAAACAUGCGAAAACCUCUUACAGGACACCUCGAAAUGCGCAUUCAUGCCAUCAAAGACGUCGACCAUGCAGCUUCUUCUCGAUUUUCCAGAGGGCCCGAGACCUUUGUCAUUAUGAAGGUGGAGGAUAACAUCCGAGCAAAAACUCGAGCGACAAGGACCGACAAAUGGACAGAAGAAAUCCACAACGUGGAUAUCGACAAAGCAAACGAGAUUGAGCUGACUGUUUAUGACAAGGCCGGUGAUCGGCCAACCCCAAUCGGGUUUCUAUGGAUUCGAAUUUCGGACAUCGCGGAAGAAAUGCGCCGGAAGAAGAUCGAGUCCGAAUUUCAACAAAAUGGGUGGGUGUCUGCCGAUAAAAUGGCUAACGCCGGCAGCCCGGGUAAACCAGGCCCUGACUUUCAAGCUGCUCCAUUUAUGCCUCCUGGGGACGCAGCUGGUGCCGGUUCCGCUGCCGGUUUUGCUCAACACACGCAACCGGUAAUGAUCGAUUCUUGGUUUUCGAUGGAACCAGCAGGUAGAAUUCACCUGACGAUGAGUUUCCAGAAGCAAACUGGAGCUCGUCGACCUUUCGACAUUGGUCUCAACCGUCAAGGAGCUGUCCGUCAAAAGAAGGAAGAGGUUCACGAAAAGCAGGGACACAAGUUCGUCAAACAACAAUUCUACAAUGUCAUGCGCUGUGCCCUCUGUGGAGAUUUCCUCAAAUACUCGGCCGGCAUGCAAUGUGCAGACUGCAAAUACACCUGCCACACAAAAUGCUAUCCCAAAGUCGUCACCAAAUGUAUCAGUAAAGCCAACUAUGAGACCGAUCCCGAUGAAGAAAAAAUCAACCAUCGGAUUCCGCAUCGGUUCGACAAUUUUUCAAAUAUUGGUGCAAAUUGGUGUUGUCAUUGUGGUUAUCUCUUGCCACUGGGAAGGCGAAAUGCGAAGAAAUGUUCGGAAUGUGGCCUUACAUGCCAUGCCCAAUGUCAGCACUUGGUUCCGGACUUCUGCGGUAUGUCUAUGAUCGUUGCCAAUGAGAUCCUGGAGACUAUUCAGAGAACAAAACACCACAACAAAUCUUCUUCGGUCAGUUCUGGCUUGAGUAGUCGGACAUUGAGACCCAACUCCGGCCGACCGGGUCCGACAUCUCCUACUCAAAGUUUUGUCUCGGAUGGGAAUGCAUUGACACCCCAGAUAUCGAAUCAAUCUUAUGAGACUCACGUGGAGCCUCCUCCCAAGCCCUCUGCCGCAGCAAUGAGUGCCGCACAAAAUAUGAUGUACAAUCAGCCCCAGCAAUCUCAGCUUCCGCCGCAGCAAAGGCCUUUGCAGCAGCGAGCAGUCUCCACCGCGGCAGUCCAAGCGGCCACUGCUGCAACGGCUCGACCAUCUUCCCAAUCAUACAACCAAGGCUUCUCGGAUUAUGGUCCUCAGAAAAUGCAAGCUGAUCGUUACGCCAAUGCACGACCACCGGCUCCAGAAGCCCAACCACACGCUUCGUAUGAUCCCCGUGCCUACCAAGGGUACGAUCGACAGCCGAUGCAGCAACCCAUGGCCCAACAUCAGGCCCCGCAGCAAGCAUUGGCUCAACAGCAACGACCCCAACAGCAAGGUCAACCGAGUUAUGCUCCAGCACCUAUCAAACCAGCACCUUCACAACAACAACAAGUGGCCACUCCGCCAUCGGGACGUGGUUCAGGACCAAGGAUUGGUCUGGAUCAUUUCAAUUUCCUUGCUGUGUUAGGGAAGGGCAACUUUGGUAAAGUCAUGCUUGCGGAGGCUAAGAGCUCAAAGAAAUUGUAUGCCAUCAAGGUCUUAAAGAAGGAAUUCAUCAUUGAAAAUGAUGAAGUUGAAUCGACCAAAUCGGAAAAGAGGGUGUUCUUGAUUGCAAACAAAGAAAGACACCCCUUUUUGCUCAACCUGCACGCCUGUUUCCAAACCGAAACGAGAGUCUACUUCGUCAUGGAAUACAUUUCCGGUGGAGAUCUCAUGUUACACAUCCAACGUGGACAAUUUGGCCUUAAGCGAGCUCAAUUCUAUGCUGCCGAGGUAUGCCUGGCUCUCAAGUAUUUCCAUGAGAACGGGGUUAUCUACCGAGAUCUGAAGUUGGACAACAUUUUGCUCACAUUGGAUGGUCACAUCAAGAUUGCCGAUUAUGGUCUUUGCAAGGAAGAGAUGUGGUAUGGUUCAACAACGUCCACAUUCUGUGGUACACCUGAAUUUAUGGCUCCGGAAAUUCUUUUGGACAAGAAAUACGGUCGUGCAGUUGAUUGGUGGGCAUUCGGAGUCCUCAUUUACCAGAUGCUGCUUCAACAAUCACCCUUCCGAGGAGAAGACGAGGACGAAAUUUACGAUGCCAUACUUGCCGACGAACCUCUGUAUCCUAUUCACAUGCCCCGUGACAGUGUAUCGAUUCUACAGAAACUUCUGACCAGAGAACCCGAGUUACGGUUGGGAAGUGGACCUGGUGACGCACAGGAAAUUAUGAGCCACGCAUUCUUCAAAGGUGUCAAUUGGGAUGACGUUUAUCAUAAGAGACUGCCAACACCGUUCAAACCAACAGUCAAGAACGAAAAAGAUACCAGCAAUUUCGACCAGGAGUUCACAAGUGUGACGCCAGUUUUGACACCAGUGCAAAGUGGUAAGUUCAAAUCGAAGAUUUUGCAAGACCUGUUGCUAAUAGAUCUGCGCAGUCCUGUCGCCGGCUCACCAAGAAGAGUUUAG